AUGCACAUCUAUGCCUAUUCUGGUUUUUGGAGAUCGUCCAAAACAAAAGGGUGGAAGUUUCUUGUUGAUGAAGAAACAGGAGGUAGAUUACUUACUUUGGACACAAGCAAAACCUUUGACAACCUAAGAGUUAUGGUUUGUGAGGACUUUGGAACCGAUCUAAACUUUGUCAAUAUCGAGCUGAGUUACUUACCUUCCGAUUUGGUGAUUGGCCUCGACUCACCACCUGUUUUCAUCACAAAUGAUCGACAACCGCAAAAUUUUCUUACAUAUGUGAAGACCAAAGCUUCAACAAGGUUAUGUGUGUGUAUUCGAUCUAAGGUCGGAUUUAACUUGAAUGAAGAGCCUGCUGAGUUGCCUAACAGAGAGGAAGUGGGUAUGUCGGGUGAAGUUUUAGAUGAUAUUGAUGGUGAAGCCGAGCUUGAAGAAGAAGAUGCAAAGAUAGAUGAAAGUGAUGAUGAAAACAAGUGUGAGAAAGAUAUGAUCAACGGAAAGUAUGUCCGUUUUUCUCUGGUUGAUGUUUUGAAGAAGGGUCAACAUUUUACUAGCAAAGCAGCUCUGCAGGCAACAAUGGAAAUAUGCGCAAUGAAAUAUAAUUUCGACUACAAGGUUGGCAAAACAGAUAGAAGAGUUUCGUACGUUCGUUGCGCGGAUGAUGAUUGCCGCUGGCGUGUUUGCGCAGAGGGAUUAACAGAUUCUUCAUAUUUUAUCAUCAAAAAGUAUGUACCUGAUCAUUCAUGUUCUCCAUCAUCAAGGAACCACUCUGUUCGGACCGCUUCAUCAAAAAUAGUUGGUACUCUCAUUAAGCAUAAGUACGAAACUGUCAAGGAAGGGCCGAAACCUAAUGAUAUCAUCCAGUUUAUGCGUAAUGAUCAUGGAGUUGAGAUAUCCUACUCUUUAGUUUGGAAGGCACGUGAGUAUGCAGUAAAUGUUGUCAGAGGCAUUCCGGAGAAGGGUUAUGAAAAAUCUAUUCGCGGUUUUUAUGCUGCCAUUCGGAAAGUUAUUGUUGUGGAUGGGACUUUCUUGAAGAGCAAAUACAAAGGAGUGUUACUGGUUGCUACUGCUUUGGAUGGAAACUCGAACCUAUAUCCUAUUGCAUUUAGAGUUGUCGACUCAGAGAAUGACCGCUCGUGGGAAUGGUUUAUGAGACAACUUAAUGUUGUCAUUGCUGAUGAUCAGGGUUUAGCUUUUGUGUCUGACCGGAAUACUUCACUUGCUAAAGCUAUUGCAAAAGUGUAUCCGCAUGCUCAUCACGGAAUUUGCAUUCACCACUUGCUGAACAAUGUUGUUACAUAUUUCAAGGGUAAAGGAGUCGCUGGUUUGGUUGCAAAGGCUUCUAAAGCUUACCGAGUUGCUGAUUUUAAGAAGCAAUUCACUGCUAUUUUCUCAAUUAGUCCUGCAAUUGGAACCUAUCUAAUACAAGCUGAUGUGAGAAAGUGGGCUCGUUGUCAAUUUCCGGGUUACAGGUACGAUGUUAGGACCAAUAACCCUGCCGAAUCAAUAAAUUCUGCUUUGCGUUCGCCAAGAGAGUUUCCAAUUAUACCUUUGUUGGACAGCAUAAGGGAAAUGAUGACUCGAUGGUUUUUCAAACGUAGAAAUUUAAGUUCUAAGCAUAAACAUCCACUGACCGUUUCUGUAGAGAAGAAGAUUGAGCGAAGGAUUGAGAAGGGUAAGAAGUUUCAGGUUUUCCCAGUUAGCGAUGACAGGUUUUUGGUUCGAGGUGACACUUUUGAAUGUAUGGUCGACUUGGUCAGACGCACAUGUUCAUGUGGGAAAUUCGAUCUGAUGAAAAUCCCAUGCAGACACGCCAUAAAAGCAGCUUUCCGCGUAGGCAAACAAGCACACACUCUCACUGACGACAUGUACACCACUGCUUCAUGGAGAUCGAUUUAUGAGGAAAGCAUAAAUCCUAUUGGUGUCCCGGAAGAUGCAUGGAUUGUCCCAUCUCACGUUCAGCAAGCGAAAGUCCUUCCUCCAGAAACUAGAAGAGCUGCAGGUCGGAGAAAGAAUCGUAGGUACGAGACAGUUGAAGACAAGAUCCGCUCGUCACAAGGAACUCAAACCUCUAAACGUCGUAAAUGCAGUCGAUGUGGUAUUGAAGGUCACAACCGCUCGACCUGUGAUAGAGCAAUAUAG